AUGGUUUGUACAGUCGUCUGGCUUAGAUACGACUUACGAUUAAUUGACAACCCAGCAUUAUUUCAUGCUGCUAAACGAGGCCAUGUUGUUAUCAUUUAUAUUUUGGAUCAAGAAACGCCUGGCAAAUGGAAAUUGGGUAAAGCCAGUCUGUGGUGGCUACAUCAUAGCUUAAAAUCGUUGCAGAAUGAUCUCCUCAAGUUCAAUAUACCCCUAAUUUUAAGACGGGGUGCAGACCCACUUACAAUUUUACGCCAGGUACUGCUACAAAGUAGGGCAGAUGCUGUCUACUGGAACCGAUGUUAUGAACCCUAUGCUGUGAAAAGAGAUCAGUCCAUUGAAGAAGCGUUAAAAGUUGAUGAUGUUACAGUCGGGUCAUUCCAAGCUGGACUAUUAUAUGAGCCAUGGGCGGUUAAAAGUGCAAAAGAUGAACCAUUUAAAUUGUAUAUAAUGUACUGGAAUCGCUGCUUAUCGUCAGACCAACCUCGUAAACCGUACGAUAAACCAAGAUUCAAUAACACAUUAGAUAUCAAAGUUCAAACUGAUACGCUCGAUUCUUGGCAUUUAGUUUCUGCUAAAAAGGAUUGGAAAGAUGAGUUAAAAAUAGUAAUCGGUUGCCCAGGUGAAGAUGGAGCAAUUCGUAAACUUAAAGAAUUUAUAAAGUAUAAAUUAGUUGAUUAUCGCAAAGGGAAGGAAACAGUUUGGCCGAGUAAAACCUCUCAGUUAUCAACACAUCUCCAUUUUGGUGAGAUCAGUCCAUUUGUUGUAUGGCAUACAGCUAAAGAAAGUGUUCAUUUGCGAUCAGUACCUUCGGAUAGUUCACAAAAAUUUUUAACUGAGCUUGGAUGGAGAGACUUUUGCUUCCAUCUGUUGCAUUACUAUCCGGAUUUUCCGGAAAAGAGUUAUAAAUUGAAUUUUGAUGAAACGAUAUGGAAAGUGGAUAAGGAGAAAUUAAAACUCUGGCAACAAGGUAAAACUGGCUAUCCUAUCGUAGAUGCUGGAAUGCGCGAGUUAUUGAAUACUGGUGUAAUCAGUUAUCGAGUCAGAACGAUAGUAGCUUCAUUCUUAACAAAGCAUCUUUUGAUUCCUUGGCAAAAUGGGGCUGAAUGGUUUUGGGAUACACUUGUGGAUGCUGAUUUAGCUCUAAAUUCUUGCAGCUGGCAACGCAUAACGGGAUGUGGAGCUGAUAUUUCUUCUUAUUUUUACAUCAUUAAUCCAGUAACGCAAGGUGAAAGAUUCGAUUCUGAUGGGAAUUAUGUCAGAAAAUGGAUCCCUGAAAUAGCCAAAUUAUCCAAUGAUUACAUACAGCAACCAUGGGAAGCUCCGGCAGCAGUACUGAAAAAAGCUGGAAUAGCUUUGGGUAAAACAUAUCCGAAGUGUAUUGUAAAUCAUAAGAAAGCACGGGAUGUUGCCCUAACUAAGUUUGCUCCAUUAAAGCGGCAAGAACCUAUGGAUAAUUUAAAAAAAUUGCCCAAUAAGAAGAAAAUGAAAAAGUAG